CUAUAUUAAAAAUACAUCUAAAUUUCUUCAGUUGAAGAAUGCCUUAAAUUAUUAAAAGAAAAAAUAUGACAAAAAUAUAUUAUUUUAAUAAAAACAAUAUAGAUUAUAAACAUGUUUCGAAUUGAACACUUAUGUCAAAAAUUGUAACAUGAGUUGAGUCGGGUAUAUACAAUGGUUGGGGCCUUAUUGGCCCUUUUACCGUUUAAAAUAACGGGCCACACCCGACUGUCUGCGAGGAGAAUGGGCCUUACUGCGGAUAGUCCAAUUUCAAAGUGAAUUCAAGGCGGCGAGGCGACAGUCAGAUUCUAAAACCUCUCUCACUCUCGUCUCCACACAAACCCUAUUACUUCCAUUAUUCUUCCAACGUUACACGCCCACUCUCCGCCGGCGAACGCCAAUCGGAAGCCAAAAGAUGGGGGCGAAGAGAAAGAAGGAAGACGCUCCCGAAAUGGCCGAAGAUGCCGACAUAGACGACGGUGGCUCUAGAGAUAGGAGGAAUAGGCAGAAAGUAGAGAAGAAGGAAGAGUUCCGGCCGUCGAUGAUAAAGAAUAAGGAGAAGAGAUCCGCCGCCCACGCCAAACUCAAACACCAGAAGAAGCUCGAGAAACGCAAGACCAAGAAGGCUCGUGAAGCUGCUGACAAGCAGGCGCUGGAACUCGGCGAGGAGCCUCCUCAGAGGAGCGUUCCUCGCACCAUUGAGAACACCAGAGAAGCUGAUGAAACUGUUUGCAAGCCUGACGAUGCUGAGUUAUUUGUAGCUAAUGAUGCUGAUGAAUUUAGUUCGAUUUUGAGACGCGAACGGGCUCCCAAGAUUUUGAUAACCACUUGCCGCUUCCAUUCUACUAGGGGGCCAGCUUUUAUUUCAGAAUUACUUUCUGUAAUUCCAAAUGCUCAUUAUUACAAGAGGGGAACAUACGACUUGAAGAAGAUAGUGGAAUAUGCAACGAAGGAGGACUUCACUACACUUAUCGUUGUUCACACAAGUCGUAGAGAGCCAGAUGCUCUGUUGGUUACAUCCUUGCCAUCUGGACCCACGGCCCACUUUAAGCUGUCAAAGCUAGUACUGCGGAAGGAAAUUAAGAAUCAUGGAAAUCCAACUGGCCACGUACCCGAGCUGGUUUUGAAUAACUUCACAACACGCCUUGGUCAUCGUGUUGGGAGAAUGAUUCAGUCACUUUUCCCACAAAAUCCUGAUUUCCGUGGUCGGCGUGUUGUGACAUUUCACAAUCAACGGGAUUAUAUUUUCUUCCGUCAUCAUCGAUACAUCUUUGAAACAAAGGAAAGUAAACAGCAAGACUCAAAAAGCAAAAAGGGUAAGGAUGCCGAGGAUAAGAGCACUGGUCAGCAAGUAAUUGCCCGCCUGCAGGAGUGUGGUCCUCGAUUUGUCCUGAAGUUGAAAAGCCUCCAGCAUGGAACAUUUGAUACCAGAGGUGGCGAGUACGAAUGGGUUCACAAGCCGGAAAUGGAUACUAGCCGGAGAAGAUUCUUCCUGUGAGUUAUUGGAUCAUUCAGUCAAGAUUCUAUCUGAGAGUCCUCCUAGUUUUGGCUGUGCAUUUCCUUCUAUAGUCUCUUCGUUCUUCUCCAGUUUUGUCGCGAUCAAUCUUUAAAGGAGUUAGUUUUGAUAUUGUAAAGCACUUCCUAAAUAGGCUUUGUAAGUCAAAAUGGGAUUAUAUUUCGUUAGCUUGCUCUGUAACAGGAAGCUUUUAAUUUGUAAGUUGUAUCGCCUUAUCCGUGAAGCAACAACUCAACUUGCAGUCCUAUUCCUGUAUAAUGUCUGGCAAAAUUUACAGAGGUUCACAAAAUUCAGACUCAUGCAUUUUGGAAAUGUUUUGCAAUUCAACCAAAAAGAGAGAAAUAUGAUAUGUUACGUUUACUCCUAAAAAUUAAUUUCAUACCACAUGGAUUUAAUCGAUUGGCUUUAUACACCAUUAACUUUAACUGAGUUAUUAUGUUGGGUUUUGGGCCUAGGUGGCCAAAUUCAAACUUCUUGGUCUCGUGGUCUACCGCCCUCAUGACCCCUACAGUCUAAGCUUCCUUUCCCUUGUAACGAGCCUCUCUUUGUGGUCUACAAGAGGGUACCAAACCGACAAUGCAGACUUGGUACUCAUAUGUGAAAUCUAGUUAAGAAUGGAGUCAAGGAGGUACCAAGCCAGCAAGACAUGCUUGAUACCGAGAUAUGAAAUUUGACCAAGUAUAGAACCAAGAGGGUACCAAACUAGCAAGACAUGUUUGGUACCAAAACAUAAAAUUUGACUUAAGUAUGGAGCCAAGAGUGUACCAAGCCAGCAAGACAUGCUUGUACUAGUACAUGAAAUUUGGCUCUAAAAACAAAAGAGGCUUGGUAGUCAGUCACCCGGGUACCAAGCUAGGUACCAACUAGAGAGUCGUACAUAAACUAAGUUUAGAUACCAACUUGGCAAAACAGGCUUGGUAGUCAAGCAAGAGGGUACCAAGUAGAUAAUACAUGUUUGGUAUCAAGUUACCAAAUCACCCAAAAACUAAGUAUAGAGAUCAAACUGACAGGUGCCAACCCGAUAAGGGGGUGACAAUGUGGCCACCCGACUGUGUAUCAAACCGCCAUGGACCAUCCCUAUAUACCCAAGACGGAGUAUGAAAUCUUGGAUGUGGGGGCUUGUCGACUAUGUUGUCAAGCUAAGAGGGUGUCAAUUUAAUGCGGAUUUGAUGUAGAGCCCAUUAGGGGCUAUAUGCGACUAAGUCCCAAGACAGGGUUGGUGGCCCUUAAGGGGGUACCAAGUCAGCAGGGUGUAAGGUAUUGACUUGAUGAGAUUGUAAAAACUAAGUAUGAGACUAGACGAACAAGGUUGGCUUGGUGGCAGGUGAAGGCAUGACUGGCUUGGUAACGGGGUGUCAAGACGGAGAGACGACAAUAGGACUUGGUGGCAAGUCAACUAAGUGACAAGCUCACAAGAUGAAACCAAGCCCUCCACGACUAAGUAUGGAGUCUUGGUGGGUAAAAUGGCUAUGUUCUCAUCCCAUCAAGACAUGAUCAUAAAAAGGUGUCCGGAUGGAGGGUGGUACCAAGAUGAGAGCAACAUGAAGACUCAGUAUGUGUUCUGCAAGGCUGUCAAGGAGUCUUAGUGGUAAUAAGCAACGUAAUGGAGGCAAGGUAGGGGCAGCAAGAUAGAGCUCAACUCAACCCUAGUCAAAUUCGAUGCCAAGCCACCCAGAUGACAGUUACCAACCAACCACCAUGGCGGCAAUGAGGACCUCGAUGCAGUUUGGAGCAAUGGGCCAAAUAGUGGUUACCAAGGCUGUUACACUUUGUCGCUAUAAAUAGGGGAAAUGAAG